AUGGCUGACCACAGUUCAUCCAAGUACUUAAACCUCACUCUGCGAGAGCUUGAUUUCCGCGAACCUAUCCCUAAGCGAACCCUCACCCUUGAGGCCCCAGACUGGGAGGUCAGAAUCGGCCGGGGAACUGGGAGUCGUAUUGAGGAACUGACUCCUGCUGAAAACAAUGCCUGGUUUGACUCUAGAGUCCUUUCAAGACGUCAUGCCGUUCUACGUGCGAACCCGACGACCAAGGAAAUCCAUAUUGAAGAUAUCGGUUCUAUGCAUGGCACUUUCGUUGCUGGCAAGAGACUGAAUACAAAUCAAAUGGAGCCCCUUUGGCCCGAGGACACCGUGACAUUGGGCUCUGAUGUGAUUAGAGGAAGCUCCCACUUCAGUGCUCUGAGGUUCAAAGUCAACUGGACUUGGUGCGAUGGAGCUCUUCGCCAACCAGACCCAAACCAGGCGAACGCAGGGAUGUAUCAAAACACCUUCUCAGCAGAUUACACUGAUGAGGAAGCAUAUGGUGAUCAUCCUGCCCAAGUCUUGCACAACCCAAAAGAAGACGAAUACGACUUCCGCGAGAAGAGUAUUGAUUACCAUUCGGAACUCGACGAAGAAGUUCAGGUCAUUCGAGAUUCCGUCCGUGGACCCAGCAUCGAAAUCGUCAUUCCUGGGGUGCGCACCUUCACCGUUCCUGAAUCCGAUGACGCAUCGAAUACUCCAAGUCACGAUUCAGGCGCAGAUGUCUCUGACGAAGACAGCCCAAUCACCAGCCCAUUGAUUCCAAGCCAUAUUCAGGAAGACAAAGACGGCGCCCCGGCAGACAUCCCCCACAUAUUCCAUGAUGCUGGCUUCCACACCACCAAUCCUGAUCACGCAGACCCUUCUCAAGUCCUUGUCCCCAGCUCAGCUCAGCAAGCAGAUCUGCUUCCAACCAUGGACGAGGACGCCCCAGAAGAAGAUUCGUACGGAGAUGAUGAGCUUGAGAACGAAUACUCGGACUCCCUCAGCUCGCUUCAUAAUCCUUCUAUCACGAUUGAAAAUUCUGAACAAUAUCUUGCUCGGACGAGUCUUUCGGGCAUGGGCGAUCACCCAGAACAUGCUCGAGCCCCAAGCCCAUCCGACGCGGCAAUGGUCAAGCCAUCGAUCGAACCUGGAUUCCGUGCUACAUUGGCCGCUCCUCCCUUUCCGAAAUUUGAUUCUUCUGGCCAACAGCCUGUAUUGAUGGACCAAGACGAAACAGGAGGUCGCUUAGGCUCUGCAUGGGCUGGUCACAACUCAGUAUUGUAUGAACCAGUCGCACAGCAUGUUGUAUCGGAACAGACAGCAUCAGCCUCCUACCAUGCUUGUGCUCCUCAUGCGACGCUCUACCCUGAUCUGUUCACAUUUCAAACCCCCACAAUGUCAACUAAAGCACCACCGGCCUCAAGUCUCUCGAUUGCUGGUCUUAUUCGGCAGCUGCAAGCUGUCAAAGACGUGGACGGAGCAAGGAAGCGCAAAGCUGAUCAGAUCUCUUCAGACGAACGUCUGGAUCCAAACACAGCAUCUUCUGACUCGUACUCAUCCGAAGUUGGAGACAUGCUUGCCACGACCGCCACGAGCAAGGUUGGAGGUGCCAGAAGUGUGAUUGAAGACAAGUCGAUAAACCCGUCAACCUCGGCUUCGGAGGUCGCUGAGAGCCCCUCAGCUGAUGAUAUCGAGAUGCCACUACGGAAGAAGGCCAAAAAGGACAAGGUCAAGGCUGCUGAGCAAUGUGGCACCGGCUGUAACAGUUUCGUCACGACGGCUGGAGCAACCAUUGCUGGUAUGGCUAUCGGAGCUGUCGGCAUGUUCAUUGGUCUUCUCGCUCUGCCGGAAGACUACUUUAUGUGA